CCAAUUCCUGGGGCCCUUCUGGAGGGGCCGCUGUGGCCUAUACACCUGGUCACAAAUGAGGACACCAGAGUGCAGACCGGUGACACAGCCUGCCCAGGAUCACCCAGCUGCUCCUGGCAGUGAUCCCAGACUCCAUGAGGAAGCAGGAGGUGCGGACGGGUGGGGAGGCUGGCCAGGGCCAUGGCACCGGCUCCCCAGCCGAGCAGGUGAAAGCCCUCAUGGACCUGCUAGCCGGGAAGGGCGGUCAGGGCUCUCAGGCCCCGCAGACCCCUGACAAGAUGCCUGACUCUCCGUUGGGGCCCCACGGCAACGACUCAAGGAUACAGAGGCACCGAGAAGCCCUGCUGAGCAGGGCAGGAGGCAGCCGGGAGCUGAGCAGUGUCUCGCCCGGGCUUCCCACCCUUCUGCUGGUGGAGGGCCUCACUGACCUGCAGCUGAGGGAGCAUGACUUCACACAGGUGGAGGCCACCCGUGGGCGCUGGCGCCCUGCCAGGGCCAUUGCCCUGGACAGGCUCUUCCUGCCACUCUCCCGGGUGUCCAUCCCGCCCCGAGUCUCCAUCACCAUCGGGAUGGCCGGCAUGGGCAAGACCACCCUGGUGAGACACUUUGUCCGUCUCUGGGCUCGAGGGCAGGUCAGCAAGGACUUCUCCCUGGUGUUGCCUUUGACCUUCCGGGAUCUCAACACCCACGAGAAGCUGUGUGCAGACAGGCUCAUCCGCUCCGCCUUCCCGCACGUUGGGGAGCCCAGCCUGGCGCUGGCAGCCCCCUCCAGGGUCCUCCUGAUCCUGGACGGCUUGGACGAGUGUAAGACGCCCCUGGACUUCUCCAACACUGUGGCCUGCACAGACCCCAGGAGGGAGAUCCAGGUGGACCACCUGAUCACCAACAUCAUCCGUGGCAACCUCUUCCCGGAAGUUUCCGUCUGGAUCACCUCCCGUCCCAGCGCGGCUGGCCAGAUCCCGGGGGGCCUGGUGGACCGGAUGACUGAGAUCCGGGGCUUUAACGAGGAGGAGAUCAGACUGUGUUUGGAGCAGAUGUUUCCCGAGGACCAGACCGUCUCAGGCUGGGUCCUGAGCCAGGUGCGGGCCGACAGGGCCCUAUACCUGAUGUGCACCGUCCCAGCCUUCUGCAGGCUCGUGGGGUCGGCGCUGGGCUACUUGUGCCGCAACAGGCCGGGGCCCCGGGAUGCAGAGCUGUGGCCUCCCAGGACCCUGUGUGAGCUGUACUCUUGGUACUUGAGGAUGGCCCUCAGCGGGGAGGGACAGGAGAAGGGCAAGGCGAGCCCUCGGAUUGAGCAGGUGGCCCAUGGCGGCCGCAAGAUGGUGGGAACGCUGGGCCGGCUGGCCUUCCACGGGCUGGUCAAGAAGAAGUAUGUGUUUUACGAGCAGGACAUGAAGGCAUUGGGUGUGGACCUCGCUCUGCUGCAGGGGGCCCCGUGCAGCUGCUUCCUGCAGCGGGAGGAGACGCUGGCCUCUUCGGCCGCCUACUGCUUCACACACCUGUCCCUGCAGGAGUUUGUGGCGGCCGUGUAUUACUAUGGCGCAUCCAAGAAGGCCAUCUUCGACCUCUUCACCGAGAGCGGCGUGUCUUGGCCCAGGCUGGGCUUCCUCACGCAUUUCAGGAGCGCGGCCCAGCGGGCCAUGCAGGCUGAGGACGGGAGGCUGGACGUGUUCCUGCGCUUCCUCUCAGGCCUCUUGUCUCCCAGGGUCAACGCCCUGCUAGCCAGCUCCCUGCUGGCCCCAGGCGAGCACCAGGGCUACCGGGCCCAGGUGGCCGAGCUGCUGCAGGGCUGCCUGCGCCCCGACGCCGUGGUCUGUGCCCGGGCGGUCAACAUCCUGCACUGCCUGCAUGAGCUGCAGCACACGGAGCUGGCCCACAGUGUGCAGGAGGCCAUGGAGAGCGGGGCCCUGGCUGGGCUGACCGGCCCUUUGCACCGGGCCGCCCUGGCCUACCUCCUGCAAGUGUCUGAUGCCUGUGCCCAGGAGGCCAACCCGUCCCUCUGCCUCAGCCAGGGCGUCCUCCAGAGCCUGCUGCCCCAGCUGCUGUACUGCCAGAGCCUCAGGCUGGAUGCCAACCAGUUCCAGGACCCCGUGAUGGACUUGCUGGGCAGUGUGCUGAGCGGGAAGGACUGUCGCAUUCAGAAGAUCAGCUUGGCUGAGAACCAGAUCAGUAACAAAGGGGCCAAAGCUCUGGCGAGAUCCCUCCUGGUCAACAGAAGUCUGACCUCUCUGGACCUCCGCAGUAACUCCAUUGGACCACAAGGGGCCAAGGCGCUGGCAGACGCUCUGAAGAUUAACCGCACUCUGACCUCUCUGAGCCUCCAGAGCAACACGAUCAGGGAGGACGGUGCCGGGUCCAUGGCUGAGGCCUUGGUCUCCAACCUGACCCUCUCUGUGCUGCACCUGCAGAAGAACACCAUCGGGCCCGUGGGAGCCCAGCGGAUGGCAGAUGCCCUGAAGCAGAACAGGAAUCUGAAGGAGCUCAUGCUCUCCAGUAACAGCAUUGGCGAUGGAGGCACCAAGGCCCUGGCCGAGGCCCUGAAGGUGAACCAGGGCCUGGAGAACCUGGACCUGCAGAGUAAUUCCAUCAGUGACGCGGGAGUGGCAGCACUGAUGGGGGCCCUGUGCACCAACCGGACCCUCCUCAGCCUCAACCUGCGAGAGAACUCCAUUAGCCCCGAGGGAGCCCGGGCACUCGCCCACGCGCUCUGCACCAACAGCACCCUGGAGAACCUGGACCUGACGGCCAACCUCCUGCACGACCAGGGCGCCCAGGCCAUCGCGGUGGCAGUGGGAGAAAACCGUGCCCUCACGUCCCUUCACCUGCAGUGGAACUUCAUCCAGGCCGGCGCUGCCAAGGCCCUGGGACAAGCACUACAGCUCAACAGGAGCCUGACCAGCUUGGAUUUACAGGAGAAUGUCAUCGGGGACGAGGGAGCAUCUGCAGUGGCCAGCGCGCUGAAGGCAAACACGGCCCUCACUGCUCUCUAUCUGCAGGUGGCUUCCAUCGGCGCCCCCGGGGCCCAGGCGCUGGGGGAGGCCCUGGCUGUGAACAGAACCUUGGAGAUUCUCGACUUGAGAGGAAACUCCAUUGGGGUGGCUGGAGCCAAAGCCCUGGCGAGUGCUCUGAAGGUCAAUUCAAGUCUCCGAAGACUCAAUCUUCAAGAGAAUUCUCUGGGCAUGGACGGGGCAAUAUGCAUCGCCACUGCACUGUCUGGAAACCACCAGCUCCAGCACAUCAAUCUCCAGGGAAACCACAUCGGGGAAUCUGGUGCCAGAAUGAUCUCGGAGGCUAUCAAGACAAAUGCUCCCACGUGCACUGUUGAAAUGUGAGCAAAACGAGUUCCUCGUGGACCAAGCAGGAGGACACUCAGCUGGAAGCUUUCAAACCAAAAGACCCAUCGCUGCCAGGCCUUCCUGAGAUUUGGGAGUGACGCUGACCCAGCACAAGAGCUGUUCUCCUGCACAGAGGAAGGAAAGGUGCUACCCAAGGAGGCCGUGAGCACCUCCACUGGUCCAAGACCAGUCCAGCAGGGGAAGGUGCACACUCUGCUACAGCACAGAGAAGGGAAAAGGCUGGCACUCAGGGACACAGGCCUGAGCAGUGUAGGAAGCUGGUUCUAGCUUAUUUAUACCCUAAGGUCUUCAUAUGCCCGCAACUUUAAAAAAUUUUUAUUACCAUCCUUUUCCACUCACCUGGUUCAAAUCAUCCCACUCUGAAACGAGUUGCCAUCCACAAGUCCAUUAUCAGUUUUUUUUUUAUUUUUUUUAGAGACAGAGUCUCAC